AUGGGUAAGUCUGUCUACGAUACGUGCAAAUAUCAUAAUUAUUAUCUUUGCACCAUGUAGAUUGGUGUGUAAACGCCGUCCGUUCGUUGGUGAUGACGACACCAGUUCCCCGUCGAUAUUCGGUUAAUUGUCCGUGCAGUGAAAUGCUGUUGUCGUUUUCGUCACGUAGUUUCGUGCGUGGACAACGUCCCGCAAUUUUCUCUGCGUUUAAUUUGUAUUACAAGCGCUUAUUGCGUACUCCGCAUCGUAACACUUGCACAUCCAUUGUUGUUCCAAAUUGGUACAAAUUAAAUUUCUAUUGUGCAUCUAUUCGGUACGGUCUAAUUGGUAUAGUUGCCCACCUAUUCGACUUAAUUAUGAACCAGUUUUGUACGGCACCUUUUAUAUUCCCACUGACAAUUGUGUCACGGUCCGCUCACCAGGGAAUGGAAAAGUAAAUUAUAAAUACCUUAGUUGGCCUAGUAUUAUUUAUAGAUAAUAUUGUGCGGUUGCAGUUGAAAUAUCGUAUUUUUAAUCGUAUUAAUGAUGUGUAGGCCAUUCAUUAAUCAUAAUUUUUAAUAUAUUUCCAUCGCUGAGAAUUGUUCUGCAUUUCUACAAUGUAUUUUAUCAUCGUUUAUAUCAUUAUUACUCGUAUGUCGUGAGUUCAGUAUACACGCAUCAGUAAUAUUAUGUAACCAAGAUAUAUAACAAUUACGAGUAUUUAUCCAUAUAGAUCAGUCUUAAUAUAGGAAUCUGAUUUUUCUUAAAUCAAUUUUGUAAAUUUAUGUGUACUGACCUAAUAAAUUGUUUAUUCAUAUAAAUUUAUAUAAAUUGAUAUACCUAUUCAAUGGAGAUUCAUUCACUCAUCGGAGUUUAAUAUUUAUUUUUUUUUUUUAUAUAUAUAGGUGCUCAGUCAUAAUUAUAAAUUUUCCGAUAACCAAUGUUAAAUAUAUUACAAUAGAUACUAGGCAAUUGUUAUGAAAAAAAUGAAUAUUUUUUAAAACUUAAUUUCAAUUACAUUAUACCUAGGUAAAAUAUACAACAAGUGUAUAAAUGUGAAUUUAACCAUUUUAUAAUUUCAUAUGUAAUUUUCUUUUUAGAAAAUUACUCUUUAAAUAAUGUUAAUUAGAUUUAAAAAACAAUGUUUAUGAAUAAUUUGUUUUCAUUUGUUUAAAUAACACACAAAAAUUAAAAUUAAUUUCAUCAAAUUUAUUUUUAAUUGUAUAGUUAAUCAGAUUAGGACUAUUUGUUUUAAUAUUUAUUUUUUAUUUAUUUAAAGAGCGUGAGAAAAAAUCUUUAGAAGUAGAAGGGCCUGUUGGAGCUGCUGCAGACAGCUGCUACAGGGAUGAAUCCAGCUACAUACCAACCGUUGGCAGAUGGGGAAAUGAAUGGCCGAGUUGACUCGAAAUCCUACCCACUCCCAACAACCACAACAAUAAUGACUACGCGUUUUGGCUGAGUUAUGGCCAGAAAUCAGACUGGCCAAUUGGUCAGCCAGUGCCCUUGCCGAAAUGGGGUAGCUCAAGGCCAUCCCUUUUGGUUGGCUCAAUUGGGGAAUUUGAUGAGCUGACCAAACAAUUUGAAAAUGAAGUACAGACUCUACUUCAAAUACACAAUUAUGAUUCAGUUACAAAUUUCAUCAAGUAAAAUAUAUAAAAUCAAAUACAAUUCAUAAAUUAUCUAAUAAAUUAUUUUUUAGAUUUUAUAAUGAAUUCAAAAUUGGAAAAUGUGAAACACUGGAGAGCUUCUUUAGGGAAUAUGAACCACCAUUGACUAAAAAUGCAAAUACUUGUGUUGGCCUUGGUUUAUUGUUAAUUGGAAAAUUAGCUUUGUUAAAUGAUAGAUUCCCUGGCAUUGAGAACAGCCUUUAUCUGGUUUCUUGUGAGGAAUCUAUAGAAGUAAGUUUUGUGUUAUAAAUUCAACAUGAUUUUUUUCUAAAAACAAUUUAAAUAAUUUUUAGAGUCAUGAAGAAUACAUGAGUAAUGGUUAUCCAGACCCAUGGGUAAGCGACAAAGAACAUGUUAUGGUCGCUAUGCAAAUUGAAAUCGAAGGGCGUAAAGGUGUGGUAUUAUUAGAUCCUGGCUACCAAAUCGGUAGAGUUAUAACAGUAAUGAUCGAUCAGCAGUAUCCUCAUACUGGUAAACAAUAUUUUUGAAAUUGCAUUCUUAUUCAUUUUUUAAAUAAAAUUUAUAAUAAUCAAUAUUAUCUAGGUCGUUUUGUACCAUCAUCUUGUCCGAAAAAGGAAUAUUGUUAUCAAACCAUGGUCGGCGAGAAAUAUGUACAAUGGUCUGUAUGGAAUGGAUCUUCCAAACCAGAAACCAACUUAGUGUACAUAGGUGCAUCAUAUCAUUCACCAGUGUGUGUAACUGAACGUCGAAAUUUAGUUUAUAACUUUAGAAGCUUACUGGCCACUGAUAGGAAAGGACAUUUAUUGGCUGGUGUCUAUUUUAAAGCGGCAUUUCAAUCAACAUUCACAUUGUUUUGUGAUGAUGAUCAAGAUCCAACAAUUAAACACCGAAUUAAAGUUCCAUCUGCCCAAUUCAUUACAAAAAAUGUAAAAACAUAACUACUAUUUAAUAAAUAUUAAAUUAUCAUUUUUUUUUAUAUGUAUUUUAACUAUUAUUUUAUUUGUUUGUAGAAAAUAGAUAUUGAUAUUGAUGUCGACAAAGUAUUAGAUAUAUGCAGCAAACAUCUCAAGAUGACAAAGAUCCAAUUUUAUACUAUACUAUCAGUACUUGCAGAAAUAUUAGAAGACAAAGAAUUUCUUGAACAAAUGUGCAAAAUUAACGACGAUAUUUAUAAACUCGGAGUUGAUGAAAAUAAUAACAAUGAAGGUGUUAACAAUUACAACUUAUCUGGAUAG